AGAGAAACUGGUUUCUCAAUAAGCGAGUUUUAACGUAUAAACAAAAUCUCCGGCGACUAAUCAGAGAGGAAUCACACAAGUCGUCGACAUGGAGAACGGAGAGAUUCCAGAGAACGCCAAUGAACAUUGCCCAGGUCCUCAAUCGGAAACUGCUGGAAAGUCUGAUUCUUGCGCAGGUUGCCCUAAUCAGGAAGUAUGUGCUACUGCUCCUAAGGGACCUGAUCCUGAUUUGGUGGCCAUAGCGGAGAGAAUGAGCACUGUUAAGCACAAGAUUCUGGUUUUGUCUGGAAAAGGUGGGGUUGGCAAGAGCACAUUCUCAGCUCAGCUCUCCUUUGCCCUCGCGGGAAUGGACCAUCAAGUAGGCCUUAUGGACAUAGAUAUAUGCGGUCCCAGCAUGCCCAAAAUGUUAGGCCUUGAAGGGCAUGAGAUUCACCAGAGCAACCUCGGGUGGUCCCCGGUUUACGUGGAGGACAACCUUGGCGUCAUGUCAAUAGGCUUCAUGCUCCCCAACUCCGACGAAGCUGUGGUCUGGAGAGGUCCCCGCAAGAACGCUCUCAUCAAACAGUUCUUGAAAGACGUCUACUGGGGAGAGAUCGAUUACCUCGUGGUCGAUGCCCCACCGGGAACUUCGGACGAGCACAUCUCCAUCGUCCAGUACCUCCAAGCCACUGGGAUCGACGGUGCAAUCAUCGUCACGACGCCUCAGGAAGUCUCAUUGAUCGAUGUGAGAAAAGAGGUUAGCUUCUGCAAGAAAGUUGGCGUCCCGGUGCUAGGAGUAGUGGAGAACAUGAGCGGUUUGUGUCAACCGUUAGCGGAUGUCACGUUCAUGAAGGUGCAGUCAGAGCUUGGAUUAUCCGUUGACGUGACGCAUGAAGUAAUCUCUUGUUUAAGAAAGAAUGCACCAGAGCUUGUCAACGUCUUGGUUUACAGCGAAGUGUUUGACCGUAGUGGAGGCGGCGCAGAGAGAAUGUGUAGGGAGAUGGGAGUGCCGUUUCUUGGCAGUGUUCCUUUGGAUCCACAGCUUUGCAAAGCAGCCGAGCAGGGGAAGUCGUGCUUUGAGGGUGACAACAAGUGUUCUGUUAGCGCACCUGCGCUUAAGAGCAUCAUAGAGAAAGUCGUUGCUUUGAUCAAAGAUGAAGAUGGAGAGCACACCAGUAGUUAAAUCACUCGGUCGGAUCCGUGCAAUGACAAUACUCUUUGUGUAAGAAGUUAUAGGGGCAUUGGCUUCACAUGUCUUAUAAGAUUGUUAUUAUGAGACUAGAUCAUUUAAAGCUUGUCUAGACAUUAAUCCGAAAAUCAAACUAAUAUUUGGAAAAUCAGUUUCACCUAAA